UAUUGAUAACAAAAGAAAGAAUCUUUGGAAAAAAUGUAUCUGAGGAGAAUUAAUUUAUUUUAGUCUGACCGCAGUCCCAUCCGCUAACAUGGAGGAGGCGGGGUUUAUGACCCAUACUGCAGCCAGACACCAGGGGGCGGUAGAGACGUUUUGGCUUCAUGUUUUGGGCGUCGUCCACGUUUUCUACAACUAGAUCCGCUAUCCGUGCACAUUGCGCGCUCCCGACGGAGGGGAAACGGGGGAUAACUACUAAAACUCAGAGAGAUUAUAACGGAUCAAUAAAAAUCAGUUGAUAUCAGCGUGAUUGAUCUCCAGCAGAAUGAACAGCGCAGCUAUGUACCCACCGGUCAUGGCACCCCAAGCCAACAUGUUUGGCAAUGUCCCCGGCUAUGAAGGCACUGUGCCAGGAGGAGGAGGUUUCCUGCCUCCUCCCAUGCCCAUGGAGCCAGUAGCCCCACCCCAACCCGGCCCUGAAAAUCCCGAAUGGAGCAUCCCCUCUCUGUCUGAGGAUGAGGCUUUAAAGGCAUUCAAGGAAUUUGUGUCGUCUCAUUGCUGCUACAGUGACGCUCCAGUCACUCAGGGAGUCAUCACCUCCAUGGAGCCAUUCAACACAUUUAGGUACCGUCUAGAGACAUUCACUGAGUCCAGGUCAACUGAGUGGGCCCAGAAACCAUAUGAAGGUGAGCCUGCUGACUUUUACACCCAGCCCGCUCCACAACCGUGGGAGGUCCAGGCCACGCCCCCCAAUCUCUUCAGUGACCAUAAAGUGAAGAUCCGGGUGCCAUUCACGUCCUCUGUCAAGGAAUGCAACACCUGCCAUGCAACAGGUAUAGAGCAAUGCACUGAGUGCAAUGGAUCUGGAAAAAAAGCUUGCUGGGUGUGUAAUGGCACUGGAGUGAAGUUGGAUGCGGCCUGCAGUCACUGCAAUGGCACAGGCAAAGAAAGUUGUAGUAAGUGUAAUGGCAGAGGGAAAAAUGAGUGUCAAACCUGUAAAGGAAAACGCCAACUGCUGACCUACAUCGAGCUCAAAGUGGAGUGGAAAAACAAUGUGGAAGACCACGUGGUGGAGCAUAACUCUGGUUUAAAGACUGAUAAGCUGUGCUCAGUGAAUGGGAAGGAGCUGUUCAAGAACAGCCAGAACUUGGUUUACCCGCUGAUUGGGUUUCCAAACCCAGGAGUCUCUCAGGCCUCUGACCGUCUGAUCAAAGAACAUCAAACGAAGUAUGGCCAAACCUCCAGGAUUCUGCAGCAGAGGCAGACGGUCGAGCUGAUCCCCAUCACCAGGGUGAACUACAAGUGGAAAGACAACACCCACGCCUACUAUGUGUACGGCAACGAACACAAAGUCAAUGCUGACGACUAUCCAGCAACCUGCUGCUGCGUCAUCCUGUAGACUGUUCUCUUCUUUUAACAUCAGCGCAUGAAAUGUUUAUUAAAAUAAUUGUUUUCAUUUGAUUUAUGAAAGCCAAAACAGCAUCCCACAUAAAGAACAUCAUACCAAAGUAAACAUAGUGGUGGGAGUGAAUUAAAUUAAGGAUCUGAAGUAGCUUAGACAAAGUCCAGACUGAAAUUCAUUUCAGAUGCUUUGGCAUAGUCUUAAAUAUGCCAAAAUCACGAGUUAGAAUCUCAGUGGUCAGGGGUCACGCUUUCUGAAAAUCUUUGUCUACAGUUGCCAGUAUUUUAGCGUGCCAUGUCCAUCUCUGGACUUUUUUAUUCUUUUCUUUUUCAUGUUUAUUGAAGGAUAUCAUACAGUGUCUGUUGCAUUUGCUAAACAUCCUACAUAUGUAAAAGAAACGAGGAUCAAUAUAAAGGUUAAUUAUUGCUUAGCUCCAAGUCUCCAUGAAAAGCUUCUAUAUUUGCUUUUUUAUUCACGUUUUUCUGUUUUUAAAUGCAUUCUGGGAGAAAGAAGGAAGGAAACGUUCUCAGUUCAUAUGGCCUGAAGCGAGUUGGUGACUGAAUGACAUAUUAGUAGCUCGACUCUGUUUUCCGCUCACCUCACUUUAGCAGACCAAUAUGGGGUCCGCACUACAGCUACGCCAAUCCGUCUAUCAAUCUGCCAAAGUGUCUUAUUCAUCUACUGUGAAAAAGACAAUGAGAUACUUGAACUCCUCCACUUAAGGCAGCAACCCUGAGUUCACCAUGCACUCCUUCCUUCUAUAAAAAAUAUCUGAUGUGAAUUUUGGGGGGGUUGUAGGUGCACCUUAUCAGCAUUUGAAAAUUGUAAAAUAUAAAAGAUUUCAAACAUUACAGUUUUAUAAUCAACUGUAAUCAGUUAAUUAAAUGAUUGAAUGUGUCCAUAACUAUUUUCCAGGUGCACAUCUGACAAUAGGAGUCACAGUAAGACCCCUCACAUCUUUAGCUUACAUAAUUGCAACCAUAGACUGUAUAUAAAAGCUCAUGCUAAAUAGCUUUUUAAACUCUUCCAGUUGCUAAAUGUAGUCCAGAUGUAAAGACAUGUAUAAGAAAAUCACCGUUAGCUGCCUUUCUCUGUAAGCUCAGUAGACUUUUAUGAUGAAGUUAAGUUUAAGUUGCUAAUCUCUGGUCUUACUGAGUACAGCAUGAUGUUGCAUUGGUAAUUAUAAACACCACUACCGUCAGAAAGGAGGAUAAAACACGAUAUACCUCAAGCCAGUGUGUGAUGCGUCUCCUUUUUUACAUCAGGUAUUAAAGCACCAACACAGCAGCAGUCAUAAUCAUCAACUUAAGGCUUUGAGUCUUCACAUUGGAACUUCACUAAUCAAUGCAGAACAUUGACUAUAUCCAUCUAUUAUAUAUUGUAUGUCUGCAAAAACCAAAGAAAUACACAAAACCACACAACCCCUUAGACUGCCUUUCUUCAAGACUGCAAAAAUCCUGUAGGAGGCAGUGUCCGACUCAGGGGGUCUGCCCUCUGCUGGCUGUUACUUAUCUAUGAUAUUCAGGAUGAAAUUAUUUCUGUUUAAAAUAGUCUACUGUUAAUGUUUAAUCAGUCAUAAAAAUAUUUUUAUGUGCAUUUACUUAAAUAUGUAUUCUGUUAACCAUUUGAAGAUUUUAGUUUUACUUUUGUUUUUAGUUAAACAGGUAACACAGUUCUUAUUUUGAUAAUAUAACCAACAACUUUUCUGUUUUAUAAUUUUGUUUCUUAUGAAUGUAACCCCUAACACCAGAUUGUUCUAGAAAAAUAUGCAUUUAAAAUAUGGACAUAACCAUUUACUAAGUGGAAUGCUCUUUUAUCUGCAUAGCCUGCCUUACCUUCAUACAGGUACAUUUUUGCUCAUAACCUGGUGGGCCUGAUCAUGUUAUUACAUGUUAUGAUCUGUUAUUACUGUGGUUUAUUAAUGGUAUGUUAGUCCUUAAACUGAAAAAUAAACUCUGAGACUCA